GGCGCCACCAUUGAUUCUGGCCGCAUUUGAGGUUAUGGUGCCCGAUUAUUGGGGGAAUUUUCGAACUCCUCUUGUAAUUACGUGCUUUAGAUUUGAUUCACUCUGAAUCUGUAUCUAAUGUCUUCCUCAGUUAUUGAUAAGUGAUAUUAACAAAAAUGUUUUAUGUUAUUGGAUUGGGACUCGGUGACGCCCGUGAUGUCACUGUGAAGGGGUUAGAAAUUAUCAAAAAAUGUGAGAGAGUUUAUUUGGAGUCCUACACGUCAAUGUUGACUGUUGGGGUUGAUGCACUGGAAGAAUUCUAUGGUCGAGGAGUGAUAGUGGCAGAUCGUGAGUUAGUGGAAACAGGAGCUGACGAUAUUCUGAAAGAUGCGGGUACGGUGGACAUAGCAUUCCUGGUAAUUGGAGAUCCCUUCGGGGCAACAACUCACACAGACUUGGUCCUCAGGGCCAAAGAGAAGGGAAUAAAUGUUCAGAUUGUCCACAAUGCCUCGAUCAUGAACGCAGUGGGAUGCUGCGGUCUCCAGCUUUAUUCCUUCGGCGAGACAAUAUCCAUUCCCUACUGGACAGACACGUGGCAGCCAGACAGCUUCUACGAGAGAAUCGCUGGGAACAGAAGUCGUGAUCUUCACACGUUGUGUCUACUGGACAUCAAAGUCAAGGAGCCAACACUCGAGAGCCUCAUGAGAAAGAAGAAAGAGUACAUGCCACCGAAAUUUAUGAGUGUGGCCGAAGCCUCUGAUCAGCUGAUUCGAGUUUUAGAUAAGAGGAAAGAAGAGGGGAAAGAAAUAGCCUUCACGGAGGACUCCCUAGUGAUUGGUCUCUCCCGAGUGGGUGCCCCAGACCAAAAGAUCGUCGCCUGUUCCCUCUCGGAGAUGCGUUCAACAGACCUGGGGGCACCUCUUCACUGUCUGGUGAUUCCCAGUCGUCACCUGCACCCCCUGGAAUCCGAGUAUCUCCUGCAGUUCGCCACGAAUCCGGAGGAAUUCACCAGAGCCUUGAAAACGAUACUUUAAUCCAAUGUGCACAAAAUAAAAUCACGACAAAUCGUCAGAACAAUGUUUGCUCCCUUUUUUUGCCUUGUCCAGUCCUUUGAGUGGCGUUGUAUGCAAAUAUAUGUGAAUGAAAUCAAGGGUUUGUGGGAGGAGGGCUAACGCGUGCCGGUUGUUGUACUGCCAGGUGGCCA